AUGGCUCAACCGCAAGACUACCGUACAACUAUUUACCUAGAUCCACAACACAUCUUCUGCAAUAAUGGUAUGACUUUUCUUACCUGCAGAUCCUGUGCAGGCAACCCACCCAGAGAAUUCGAAUGCAAGGACUGCAAUGGCAAUGGCUUUAAUACAUACAUAUGCGACCACUGUCAGAAUGUAUCUGUGCCGGACCAAGCGAGAAUAAGAUUGUUCACUCCUGGCCCAUUGGCUGCGGGAUCUCCAAAUCUCAAAUCCUUACGGUCAUCCUCCCCUGAGGGUUCUAUCAACUCUUCUGGCCAUCCACCCACGCCAAGAAACCUAGGUUCGCCUUAG